GUCGUCCGCCCCGCGCCUCCGCCGUCCCGUUUCGCCCACGCGGCGGAACGCCCAUCAGACAUGGACGACUCGCGCCACACGCUCCGUUAAAAAAAAAGUUCUCUCCCAGCUCCCUCCCUCCCCGCGGCCUCGCUUUCCUCUCGUGUCCUCGGCAGCCUCGAGCAGCACCGUGCCGUGCGCGCGGCGCGAUGGCGUGCGCGGCCCCACCCAGCCCCCUCCCCGUGGUCUCCCUGCCCGCGCGCCGCCGCGGUGCGACUGCCGCCGCGGCCGCCUCCUACCACGCCCCCUCUACCCGGCUGUCGAGGCGUUCGUGGCUCUCCACUGGAAACUCGCCCCGCUCUCGGCUGCGGACCCAGGCCUCCAAGGCCGAGCCGGCCGAGGAGAGCCUUCCCGCCGCGCCGGGCCCGUCGGAGCCCCUGCCCCAGCCACGUACCAGUACAUGGAAUUGGAAGGGCUACAACAUUCGUUAUCAGUGCGCCGGAACGUCUGGCCCUGCACUGGUUCUAAUUCAUGGUUUCGGGGCAAACAGUGACCAUUGGCGGAAAAAUAUUCCUGCUCUUGCCAUGGCAAAUAGAGUUUAUGCAAUUGAUCUAAUUGGCUAUGGGUAUUCUGAUAAACCUAAUCCACGUGAGUUCGAAGAGAGCUUUUAUACUUUUGAGACUUGGGGAGAACAGUUGAAUACAUUUUGUGCUGAAGUUGUCAAGAGUGAUGCUUUCUUCAUAUGCAAUUCAAUUGGAGGGCUUGUUGGUCUGCAGGCAGCUGUUAUGAAACCCCAAACAUGCAAAGGUAUUGUUUUAUUGGAUAUUUCAUUAAGGAUGCUUCAUAUCAAUAAGCAGCCAUGGUUUGGAAGGCCUUUCAUCAGAUCAUUUCAAAAUCUCCUAAGGAACACUGUUAUUGGGAAGCUCUUCUUUAAUGCUGUUGCAACACCAGAAUCCGUGAAAAAUAUUCUUUGUCAGUGUUACCAUGACACGUCCGCUGUCACAGAUGAAUUGGUUCAGAUGAUCUUGCAGCCAGGGCUUGAUCCCGGUGCUGUGGAUGUAUUCCUUGAGUUCAUCUGCUAUUCUGGAGGUCCUCUACCUGAAGACUUACUACCCUUGGUGAAGUGUCCAGUUUUGGUAGCUUGGGGAGAGAAGGAUCCAUGGGAGCCUGUGGAACUUGGAAGAGCCUACGGGUCUUUUGAUGCUGUUGAAGAUUUUGUUGUCCUCCCGAACGUUGGACACUGCCCUCAGGAUGAAGCACCUGAGCUUGUAAAUCCACUUGUUGAAUCAUUUGUUAAGCUCCAUAGUUAGUACAUGGGUAGAUUGUUUCCUCUUUACAUGGGUACAUGGUCAACUCGAGCGAAGAGUUGCUGGAAUAUGGGGAUGCCAAUUUUAUUUGAGGAUCACAAACUGGCCGUUCUUUUGUAGGCUGUGAACUUCCAUUUGAGCACUGGCGGGAAACACAUUUAUAGUUGAGGUAUGAGACAUGAGGAGGAACUAUCUGAUUUCAUCUUAUUACAGCAGAAGAACCCGUCUCCUCAGAACGGAGGUCAGUACGAGCAGCACAGGUGUUUUAUUCUGUUCGAACUGUUGGAGGUUCAUCAAAAGUGAACGCAAGUAGUUCAUAUGUAUGUUUGUAUAUAAUUUUUUUCCUUGUGUCCAUUAGUCAAUGUUACCAAUCUUCUCACUUGAGGUUUCUUUGCGUACAGAAAAAGAGAUUUGCAUAUGUGUGUUUUGUCUCCACAGGUUUAAAGUUUUCAGUAUUACUAGUAUCAUCUUGAAAAGGCAACAAUCUUGGUUGCGCUUUUCUGUAUUGUUCGAGCAGGUUUUAAAAUUCUGGCAUACUUUAGUUUCA